UGCCUGCCUUGGGCACCUGUCAGCCAGGCAGCCUCACCUGCACCAGGUAUCCUCAGCUGCGACAGUGGCAGGCUGCUCCAGCCUCAGCAGGCAGCAGCUGCUCCACGGCCCAAAACUCCCUGUUGGCCCCUCAGACAGACGGCCAUGGACGAGGCCAGGACCCGAGCCCAGGCAGCCCUGACACUGGCAGAACAGAUCCUGGCAGAGUUCCAGCUACAGGAGGAGGACCUGAAGAAGGUGAUGCGGCGGAUGCAGAAGGAAAUGGACCGUGGCCUGAGGCUGGAGACCCAUGAGGAGGCCAGUGUGAAGAUGCUGCCCACCUACGUGCGUUCCACCCCAGAAGGCUCAGAAGUUGGAGAUUUCCUGUCCCUGGACCUGGGGGGCACCAACUUCAGGGUGAUGCUGGUGAAGGUGGGGGAGGGAGAGGAGGGACAGUGGAGCGUGAAGACCAAACACCAGAUGUACUCCAUCCCUGAGGACGCCAUGACGGGCACCGCAGAGAUGCUCUUUGACUACAUCUCUGAGUGCAUCUCUGACUUCCUGGACAAGCACCAGAUGAAGCACAAGAAGCUGCCCCUGGGCUUCACUUUCUCCUUCCCCGUGAGGCACGAGGACAUCGACAAGGGCAUCCUUCUCAACUGGACCAAGGGCUUCAAAGCCUCAGGAGCAGAAGGGAACAACAUCGUGGGGCUUCUUCGAGAUGCCAUCAAGAGGAGAGGGGACUUUGAGAUGGAUGUGGUGGCCAUGGUGAACGACACAGUUGCCACAAUGAUCUCCUGCUACUAUGAAGACCGCCAAUGUGAGGUCGGCAUGAUCGUGGGCACAGGCUGCAACGCCUGCUACAUGGAAGAGAUGCAGAAUGUGGAGCUGGUGGAAGGGGAUGAGGGCCGCAUGUGCGUCAACACCGAGUGGGGCGCCUUUGGGGACUCUGGCGAGCUGGAUGAGUUCCUGCUGGAGUAUGACCGCAUGGUGGAUGAGAGCUCCGUGAACCCCGGUCAGCAGCUGUACGAAAAGCUCAUCGGCGGGAAGUACAUGGGUGAGCUGGUGAGGCUCGUUUUGCUCAAGCUGGUGGACGAAAACCUGCUGUUCCACGGUGAGGCCUCGGAGCAGCUGCGCACGCGCGGCGCCUUCGAGACGCGCUUCGUGUCGCAGGUGGAGAGCGACCCGGGUGACCGCAAGCAGAUCCACAACAUCCUGAGCACCCUGGGGCUGCGGCCCUCCACCACCGACUGCGACAUCGUGCGCCGCGCCUGCGAGAGCGUGUCCACGCGCGCUGCGCACAUGUGCUCCGCGGGGCUGGCAGGCGUCAUUAACCGCAUGCGCGAGAGCCGCAGCCAGGACGUGAUGCGCAUCACAGUGGGCGUGGACGGCUCGGUGUACAAGUUGCACCCCAGCUUCAAGGAGAGGUUCCACGCCAGCGUGCGCCGACUGGCGCCCCGCUGCGAGAUCACUUUCAUCGAGUCCGAGGAGGGCAGCGGCCGCGGCGCAGCGCUGGUGUCCGCAGUGGCCUGCAAGAAGGCCUGCAUGCUGGGCCAGUAAGGGCCCGCGAGGGCGCAGCCGCAGGGCCACCGCUGCUCUGAGGACUGGAGAGACCCCUGGAGGGCCCGCCAGGAGAAGCAGGCACAGAGACUCUGACACCCCUUGGCUUCCUUGCUGGAAUCGAGUGCCCAGAAGGAAUGGAUCACUCAGGACUUUGCAGUUCUGCGCUGCCUACUCUGGGGGCUGCCUGCCUGGCGUGGGCCAGCCCCAGGAAGGACGUGUACUUCAGGCCAGGCCUGGGAAGGGGUCCUGUGGAUCGGCUAUAGCCGGACCUCCAGGCAUCUCCCAAAGCUUGGCCAGACCAGACCAGAGCCCAAGGAGAGGGUGGGCUACUGUCACCUGGGUUGGUGUUUUCCUGCCUGUGGCUCUGGGGGCCUGGGACCCACUGGAAAGGGUCCUGCAGCAUGGAAGUGCUUCCUAGGCUGCAAGGGUCCCACAGGGCCUUUUCCUUCACACAGUCCCACCCUUAGUGGCUUGUGGUUCUACCAUGGCUCCUCACAGGAGUUGCUGUGGACCCACAAUGGGGUCCCUGCACCAUCGGGGGUCUCCACCUGUGCCCACAGGCAGGAUGGCAUCCUUGGCUCUCAUAGUGACCCAGGAGGACGCCUCCAACAGCACUCUACACCUCAGAAGGCUUCCCCGGGCCCGUCUUGUCCUCAUCAGGACAUCUAUGUGCCAUGUGACCCUCUCUGUGCCCAGAUUGGGACUAUGGAGUUUUUAAUUAAAAAUUGUAAAAGGCUU